GGAAACGGGGCUGACGUCAUAGUGUUAGGGACUAUCUCCAUUUGUAACCGAAAAGUGGAGCGCAGCGAAGAGGCAGCGGUUCGGGGCCCGGGCUGAGUGGGGAGAUCGCCUGCCUGCGACUUCCAUUGAGCGAAGAGGUUUCAGCCCGGGGCCUUUCUUGCAUGAGGAGUGCGUAGUUGCAGUGGACGCGCUCCGGAGAGCGGGCUGGGUCGGGGCGGGCCGGGCUGAGCCGAGCCUCGAGGCCGCAAGGCCCUUGUGAGGAGCGGAGCAAGCCCGGGCUGCGCGUCCCGCAGGGGGCAGGAUGAGCGAAAGUGGCAAGAGGAAGAGAAGGAAGAGUUUAAAUCCCUCGCGUUACUCAGGGUUAGACUCUACAGUUGAAGAUGAACGAGAAAGCAGUCCUGAAUACUGUACACAUUCAAAUGAUUCACAAGACCUGUACAUGACAGUGAGGCCAGUAAACGCUGUUUUGAAAGGAACUAACAAGAGGCAGUGUGGGAUUGAAAACUGGAGCCUUUUUAAUGACCAAGAUGGAAAAUUUAACACCUACCACUCUGAACAGAGCAUUUCUCUCUCCAAUAAACACCAAGAUGAUACCACAGAGAGUUCAGUUAGUGAUGGUUCUGACAGACGGGACAAAUCUCCUUGCAUGGGAAUACUUUACCAGCACAAGUGGCCUCUGCGAAAACCAUCCUGCGAUGGACUCUACAGCUGUGAGCACUGCGACUUCAACAGCAAGUACCCGCUCGAGCUGAAGCAACAUGUUAUUCUCAGGCACACCGACACUCUGUCUAACAUCUGCCCAGUCUGCAAGCGUGAAUUCCUAACGUACAGCCUGCUCCACAAGCACUUGCAGGCCCACGAGACGGAAGAGCCGAGUGCUUGUCAGCUAUGCAGCCACAGUGCUGAAAACCCCAAGGAGCUUGAGUUACACGUGGCAGAUGCCCAUAUCGGUGAGUAUUUGUACUGGUGUGAGCAGUGCAACAUUCACUUCUGCAGCACCAGUGACCUCCAUCUUCACCUGCAGCAACACGACGGCGAUGAGGAGUACCUCUGCCAGUUCUGUGAGUACGGUACGGAUGAUGCUACUGAGCUGCAUGGCCAUGUCCUUGCUGAACAUGCAUACAGCCUCAUGGAGAUGAAUGACACCUCUGAAGAUGGACUUCAUGGAGCAGCUGGCUUUCUGAGUAAAGUGAGCUUUGACCGGGACCGAAAUUUCUUUAUAUGUCAGUCCUGUGGCUACAGGAGCCGGCUGUUCGCCAACGUCAACAGGCAUGUAGCUAUCGAACAUGCCCGAUUCUUUCCAUUCGUGUGCGACGAUUGCGGAAAGGGGUUUUGCAACACGGCAGAAUAUGACAAACACUUGAACUUGCACUCGUCUCAGGAGAUUUAUUUGUGCCAGUACUGCGAUUACUCUACGGAGCAAAUUGCAAACCUUCAAGCACACAUCGAUGUGGGCCACACUGCAGCUUUACCGUACAAAUGUGAGAUGUGCAUGUUGAGAUUUACAAGCAACAGUGAGCUCAUGUGGCAUCUUGCUAAACACAAACAGAACAAUGAGCAACUAUGCUAUCAGGUUUAUGAUUAAGCAUCUUUUAAACUUGCAAUCUUGACUAUAAAUGUAGAAGUUAAAGCAAAAGUUGGAAACACAAUUAGCCUUUUGUUUCUAUUUGGGAGAGUAUUACCUUGGAAGAAUACCAUGUAAUUUAUCACAAGUCCUUCUAACUCCUAUGAAUUUUGUCCAGUGUUUUACCAUGUGCACUAAAUGAGCUUAUGCAGUCAGCUUCGUGGGUGACUUAAUUUAAAGAUGUAUAGCAUUUUAAAUUGUGUUCAAAUUUUGGUGAUUGUGGCGUCAUGUCUGAAGGUUGAGAACAAAACAAGAAAUCAUUCCAAAUCCCAGGACAUAAAAUGUGAACAUUUUAACAUCGUGAAAUGUGGCUACAUAUGGAGUUCUUGUUCUUGCGUCUGGGAAGUAGAAGCAGCGAGAGAGUAGAUUUUCUGCUAUGGGUGCAUUUGGUGAUCUAGAUGUCAUUUUCAUUUGUUUUAUUUUCUCAAGUUUCUCCUCGAACUCACUUAAGUAUCAUCAAAUGCAUAUAAUAUUUCAGUAAGAGCUUUUUGCUUUAAAUUAUGCUCUUUUAUCAUGAUUGAGUGGUAACAGUGUUGAUUCAUUAAUCUGGCUCAGGUUCAUGCCAAAAAUAAGCAUUUUAAUCUGUUUCCUUACCACCUGCAAAUAACUGAAUUCUAAAAAAUUAGCUGUUUUUAAAAAUAACCAGAAUCCUUUGCUACUUGUAAGUUGUUCUUCAGUAAAUUGCUAGACUCAAAAAUCACGUACAACUUGCCUGUUAUAGCUGUAGACAGAACACCAGCUUAAUUUAACAACUCUGAGAAGCACCACAAGCGGAACCAAUCUGAAGAAGCUUACAGUGGUUCUGUUGAUUUGUUCUGUGAAUGUGGUCCGUAUUGGCUAAUGGUGCAAUGAUUUUUCAGUCGGUCCUAAUUUGCUCUUGGCUUUCCUCACUUUAAUAAUAACUUGACAAUAUUGUGAUAUACAAGUAUGCACAACUGAAAAGAGAUUCUGGGCUCACCUUCCUGUAAAAUCAUGGCAUGACUUUAAGUAAUUUACAAGUUUUUACUUUUCCAUUGGUCUGGAUUUGGGAAACAGGACUCCUGCAGCUUUGUGGGCAUUGCAUUGAUGAGAAAGGAAUGAGUGUUAGCAAAUAUACAGUUAAAUGAAAGAAGUGAACCGCAAAUCAAUCAUGGAGUAAUUUUGGUUGUGUUGUUCUCAGUCGACCAGAAAUAGACACUGGGGGUAAGGAGUGCUUUGAACAAAUUUGUAUAAUUAUGUAACAAUAUUACAUCUCGGUAAUAUUUAAUUAUCCCAGGAGUGAUAACAGAACUUAUAUUGUCUUACUACAUAAAACUAAUUUUUCAGAUCCAACAUUAAUAUUUUAUUUUGUAAUGAUACUGUCCUUAUUUUUUUUACGCUCCUUAGGAAUAAUGUUUCUGCUGAUGCAGAAACAUGUCCUUUACCUCUAACCAACACUUGUACCAUUAAGUGUAAAGUUCCUUUGCCACAGUUCAACUUUGUGGCUUGUGAUCUGUGCCCUGCUUUUUUGAGAAUAGGGGUAGAGUAUAUUCUUGAAUGAUACUUGUCCAGUGCACCUCUAACUUUUUCUUGUUCUGUUUUAACUUUCCAUACCCACUUCAUAAGUUUACUGCUGAAAAACAAUUGUGCAAUGUGAACCUUAUUAUUUUUCUGUUUUUUAAAAAUAAAUUAAAGAAGCAUCAUUUCUAGUGGAGGAAAGUCAUUUGGAUUUGGUCUGGUCUAUGUAACGAAUUGAAGUUAAGUGGCCUGCAUUCAGCUGGUCAGAACAUAGCUUAGCUGUGUGGACACAAUGGUAAAAUGCAUACUUUGAAGAUGAUACGGAAAUAAUAUCUGCUUCUAGUGGCUUCAAGAGGUCCAUCAGAACAUUUUGGCUAAUUUUCUGAUGAUUUGCUGACAUCCAUUAAUCCCAUUAAUCUUGAUGGGAUUUAGUUCACAGACUACAUGACAAACUUGUACCACUGUUCUAAAGUGGUCUGCGUGAAAUGUUGCUCUCUUCCUCUUAUCUCUAUCUUGGUUGAGUUUGUUGUACAGUGAUGAAGAUUGUGUCAGUGAUGGAGUAAAUUAUAUCACUUUUGAAAUAAGCUUUACCAGCUCAGUAGAGACUAUGGUAACUGAUUCAUUGUAUUCAGUGUGAUUAUGCUGUUACAUGUGUGAAGUGCUCAACUUGGCUUUGAAUUCUUUACAUUUAUGUGGAAAAGUGACCUAUUCUUAAGACUUAGGUGUCACAUGCACAUGCAAUUGUGUACUUAAUUGAGCUGAACUGUAUCAUGCAUGUACUGUGCCAUAUCAGACAAAGGAAGUACAUUCUUUAACAAAAUAUGGGACAAAAUCCAUUAACUCAUUUUAAAAUACUAUGUACUUCAGAUCAGUCUGACUGACAACUUCCUAUUCUCUAAAGCUGUGCAAGAUUUUACGAAGAGUUUGUUCAGCUCCAUAAGUAAGAGUACCCUUCUAAAGUGAAUCAUAAUUUACCCAAUCAGGCAGAAGACAGAAGUAUAACAACAGAAAAUUACGUUAUUAGACAAAUUGACAAUCUUGUGAUGAGCACUGGCAACAGAAAAUGGUCUUGGCAUGGACACCAUUUAAUGUGAAGAGAAAAAAACUACAUCAAAACACUUAAUUUGAAUUCAAAACCAGUAUAGCAUUUACAGUUUAAGCACAGACUAUGCACAGUGAUUUUAUUUAAAUGAUAUUGAUGGGAUCUGUAAAUGUAUUAAACUUUACAAUUUUAAAACGUGUCAACUUACUCAUAUUGAAGAUCUAAUACAAAGUAAUUCUUGCAAUAGUUAACAGAAGGACUGGAGUUUCUUUUACAUGCCAUGUGUUUUGUGCUACAAAUUUACUGUUUUAAAAAAAUAUAACCCUUCUCCCAAAAUUACAGAGUUUUAAAGCUUGUAUAGUUGUUAGCGACUAUAAUAUUCAGCUGGAAUUUUAUCUUGUAGAUAAUGGCUGAAUGAGCUGACAAAUUUGAUUUGAACUUGGUAGAUCAAAUUUAUUCCCAAAUGUAAUCACUUUGCUCUGCAGCUCAGAGCAAAUUAAUUCUUUUGAUACACAAGCUCAUGAGUGUAUAAUGUAAAACCUAAUGUGAUUCAGUGAUUGGUAGUAAUAUAACCCAGACCCUUCAAAAGUAAAUGGGAUUUUAGAAGGGGAGCUAAAUGUUGUAGUGGAAUUGCGUUAAGAUAGUGGUGAAGGAAGUGAUACAAAUUUGAAAUAAACACUCGCUUACUGACCUUUGGUUACUCUUUCAUUGUGUUAAGUGAUUACACUCUUAAAUGCACAAUAUGCAAAAUGUAAAUUAGGAUUCUCAGUCAUAGGUUCUCUUGAAUUUCUGUGGGAAAGUGACAACUGCCUUACACCAUUAAAGUAUUUGAUAUCUUGUACAUGCAAUAUUAAUUGACAGUUUGUAAAGAUCUGGCAAGUAUCUUGGUAAUUAUUUUUGUACAUCCCUGUUCUUGAUUGUGUUUAAAUGAGAAGGCAUGUAAAAUAUUGUAGCAUUGGAUAGUAAUCUAUCAAAUUAACUGACAAAGUUGUGGAAUAGAUAUUUUUAGUGUGAGCAGGAAAUAUGCUGUAAUCUGUUGUGGAAGCUAUACUGUAGUAUUAUAAGAUAAUGGUAUUAAAAUAUUUUUUGCACUUUGA